GACAACGCAUUCUGCGCACUUUAGUAUUUUCAAAUCGCGGUUUAAAUACUAUUAUAUAUUUUGUUGUUGUUGUGUAGUGUAUAACUGUAAUAGUGCGCUUUUGCUGUACAACCGGUAUAUAUUUCCGUUUCCUUAGUGUUUUAAUUGUGAAAGUGAUAAAGGAUACGUGAUUUUACUUUUUUCCGUGCUUUUCAGUUCCUAAAGUCCAACGUCGGGCAUUUUUCUAGAAAGUUUCGGGAAAGUAGAACGUAAAUGUUACCGCCACAAAGUAGGCAUACACCAGAAUUUGUUAUAUUGCUAAUUGUGCUGUAAAACCAAUGACUUGCAUACAUAACCUAAAAACCACAGUUAUACUUCAGCUACAUUAAUUGCAAUUUUCAACAACGGAACAAAAGUGACUUCCUGCGGCUGCUGUGAUAAUAAGAGUGAGAAAAUAUAACAUUUACUUCCUACGGCUGCUGGGAUCAUAAGACGGAUAAAAUAUAACAAUGAGCAACACCCCCAGUUUACAUCAUGUUUUUGUUGAAUUUUCGUACGUACUGCAUUAUUGUCAAGUUUUUGUUUAGUACUGUACUCGUUGUUUUUCGGAUGUUAAAUUUGCAAUGAGUUAAAACGGUUUGACAGAUGAAGCGGAAAUGUUUUUCGAAGAGAUAGAGAUUAGCAAUAUACUUAACUGUGCGCACGUGAAAUUACACUUCAAACAAAAGCAGAGUACAGUUUAUAUUGUACAAGGCAGCAAUAACUGCCCUAUACGCCAUACAGUGAGCACGGCACUGAAAUUUAUUUGCAGUAGUCAAUAUGCAAGUAUUGAAUCACUAACUCAAUUUGAGAAUCUGCAUGCGGGUUAUGUCCGAAUAGUGCUGCUUAUUUCAAAAGGAGUUUGUGCAUUGCAAACUGAUAAUACUAAUUUGGAAAGUGAUAGUGAUAGCGAUGCGCCAUGCACAUCUCAAUGGGCGCAAAAUCGCGAGCAGCGACGUAAACGGCGUCAUCUACAUAAUUCACAAUUAUUACAAAGGCAGCAGCAACUAUUCCAUAGAGUUGAGGCAUUACGCGAUUUCCGGUGUAGUCCGGAAUUGAUCGUAUACACUCUCGAUGGUGGUGUAAAACAAAAAAGUAGUAUUGACGAAUUCCAAAGAAAAUUUAGUACGAAUAUCGAUUUCAUGCUGCGUCAACCAGAAAUAUCUCGCGAUGGUUUUACUGGAAAUUGGUUGGAGUUUAUUACAACGAAAUUAAAUGGCGCUAUGAAUCGAGAGGAAGAAAUUUCAAAAUUAUUUGGAUAUUUUGUGCAACUAUUUUUAAAAAAUCGUUACAACGAAUGUGAUUUAUUGUCCAAAUUAACCACCUGCUGUAUUAUUGGGCACACUGCCUUAGAUGUUCUGCUUGCGGUGGAUGCUUUAAAAAUUUUCAAUGAUGUACGCAUGACUUUUGAAUUUAUUACUUGUAUGGAAUAUACAGUAUGGUUUCUAAUCCCCUACAAAGGACGUUAUGUAUCAGUACAAGAAGUGAGUAUUGAAAACUUCCAAUUCCAUAAAGUAUAUACAUGCAUUAAACUAAAAGCAAUUGACAAAAAUCUGCACCGAGAAUAUAUAUGGUCGGACGCAGAGCACGCCAUUCAAGAUCUCUUAUUUAUCGCAUUCCAGUUGGUCAUGUGUUUUCACCUCAAACGUGGUGUUGUCUACUUGCAAGAAGAGUUGAAGAAUGUUAGAGAUUAUCAGACUAUGCAAUUCGUAGUAACGGCCUAUAUGCAGAAAAAUGGAAAUGGCCAGAAAUUCUGGCCACAAAAGUAUUAUUUACAACAAAUUUUAAAAGCAUGUAAUAAAAUGGGAAUUACUGUUAUUAUUGACUAUCCCGGCGGUUUGCCAGUUACGCCGAAAGAUGGAAACUUGAUCAAAUGUUACAAAGAUGAAUAUAACGGUGAAUGGAAGUUAAAUGUGGAGGAAAGCGAGAGUUCCUGUCGAAGUGAGCAAUUGAUCAGUGAAUUGCAAGCAGGCUUGCAAAGUUACUAAUUUUACCAAUAUUAAAUCAACAAACUAAUUGCAAUAAGAACAGAGGGUUGAACGAAGGACUCAUAAGCGAGUAUAUAGGAUAUAAAGGUCAUACACAACGAGUUAGUAUUAUUUAUUUUUUGUUGUCGAAAAACAGUCGUUUCAGUUGUACGAGUCAUUCUUGCCGCUGCCAGCCAGAGUUCAGAGUCGCAACAAAUCAAUUGGACCAGACAGUUUGUGGCUUCUUAGGUUUGUUUUGGUCAGUUUGUAUUAUUUUUGUUUGCAGUUGUUGUUAUUGUAAUAAUUUUCUUUGCAUUUGAAUAGGUUUAUGAAAAAGCUCCCCUCAAUUUGUUAGCAAGGCAAAGUGUUUCGAACUUUGUUUUCCUUCUCUGCGCUCAUUUCAUUCGUCAUUAAUUUUCAUUGCCGUUGUGGCCGCAUCAUUGCUGCCACAAAUGUAGCAUUGUUGUCACAAAUGUGGCAUGGCCGUUACUGUCAGUUGGCGCGCGUUAUUCGCAACAUCUGCCUCACGCCAAUAUUUAUGUUUAGUUUAAAGUAGUACACCAAGUAAUCGGGUCAUGAGGUUUUGAACAUUUUUUUGUUCGUUGAAAUGAACGCGACUUAACAAUUUAAUAAUAAUUCAUAAAAUGGUAAUGUCAAAAUCCUUACAAGAAAAGACAUUUGAAAGUGUAUAUUGUGGUUCAUUCCAUCUAUUGAGUCUGGUGCGUUGCUUUUUGGUUCAAAAAACCACCGAUAAAAAUCUAUAAUUCCAUAUUGUAGAACCCGAAACAUUUCAAUUGUGUUUCUAACAUGAAAAAGUCUUUCAGCCGUCCGUUAAGGCUUAAAAAUCGCCGGGUCCCUGAUUUAUUGAAAAAUAUUUCCUUGCAUCCCAUAAAUAGAGAAAAAGGGAAACAAACAUUUAGUGUGGUUGCAACUACCUAUUUAGCGAUUGCCAAAGAACAUUUCAAUAUGAUCUCAAGAGAUAAGUACUUGCCGUCAAAGGUCGGUCAUAUGCUACUUUCCUAGAAAAGCGACACUGACCGUGCCUAGUUUUCAAGAUUUUUCACAAAACGACUAUUACACCCCGAUCAAGAGAGAGAGUGGUUCCCUUAAUACCACCUAACCGUAACCAAAGGUUCUCAUCUCAACAAAUUUCAAAAGUAAUUUUUGGAACAUUUGAAUAUGGUCUGAAGAGAUAAAUACUUGCGACCUUCGACGACCAUAUGCUACUUUCCUAGAAAACCGACACUGUCCGUGCCUAACCGUAACCAAAGCUUCUCAUCUCAACAAAUUUCAAAAGCAAAUUUUGGAAAGUUGACAUUGAUACAUAAAUAAUAAUUAUUGGUAAAAGAUAU